AGUCACACACAAACACAACUCAACAGACAGGAAAACAGCCUGCACUUUUAAGGUCUGGCAUUACAACAAGAACAAUGGAAGAAUAGGCACUUUGAGUAUCUGUUUUGAAAAUCAAAAGGGAGGUGAUUUCUGAAAGACAAAGUAAAUAAUCUCCACGUUUAUAUGCUUGACAUGGGAGUGUAGUAUUAUUUAAGCCAGAGGAUAUCUUCUUCACAGACUCCCAGGACCUGAUCAGGUGAAGACAUACAUGUCAUCCAGUGUGUGUCUCCCAGAGGAGGAUCUCUCCUGUCCUGUGUGCUGUGACAUCUUCAGGGACCCUGUCCUCCUACCAUGUAGCCACAGCUUUUGUAAGUCCUGCCUACAAUGCUACUGGAACACCUCAGCCCUCAGACAGUGCCCUGUCUGCAGGAGAAGAGCUUCCAAGCGCACCCCUCCCUCCAACCUGGCUCUGAAGAACCUCUGUGAAGCUUUGCAACAGAGCAGGAUUCAGAGCUCAGUCGAGGGGAACCGUGUACUUUGUAGUCUACAUGGAGAGAGACUCAGAUUCUUCUGUCUGGUGGACAAGCAGCCUGUCUGUGUAGUGUGCCAAGCCUCGAAAAUACACAAGAACCAUGACUGCAUACCCACAGAGAAGGCAGCACAGGAUUGCAAGGAUGAGCUCAACGUAGCACUGAAAACCUUACAGCAUACUCUGGACUCCUUCAUUAGACUGAAGGGAACCUCUGAAGAGAUGCCCGAGUCCAUUAAGAAUCAGGCCCUGGAGACAGAGAGGCAGAUAAAGGAUCUGUUUGUGGAACUCCACCAGUUCCUGUAUGAGGAAGAGGCAGCGAGGCUAGCUGCUCUGAAGGAGGAGGAAGAGGAGAAGAUAGGGCUGAUGAAGAGUAUGGUGACAAAGGCUGCAGCAGGGAUGUUAUACCUCAAAGAGACUAUAACAGUCAUAACACAGGAGAUGACUGAUGCUGAAGACAUGACAUUGCUCCAGAAUUUUAAAGCCACUAUAGAGAGGUAUGUUGAAAUCCCCUACCUCUCUCUGUCAAUCAUUCUAUUUUUUCCUCCCUCUCUCUGCUUUGGAAUAUUGAACAGGAUAAUUGUAUUAUUUUGUCAUUUCAGAGCCCAGUGCACAGGGCAGGGCCCAGAGAGGAUUUCAGGGGCGCUGAUUGAUGUGGCCAGGCACCUCUGUAACCUCAAGUACAGAGUUUGGAAGAAAAUGCUUCUGCAUGUUGAAUACACUCCUGUGACCUUGGACCCAAACACAGCACACCCCUGCCUCUUCCUGUCACAUGACCUCACGUCCCUUCAGUACACCAGCCAGCCCCACCGUCUCCCUGACAACCCUGAGCGCUUCCACAUGAGUGCAGAGGUCCUGGGCAUGACCGGGCUUAGCUCAGGAAGCCACUGCUGGGUAGUGGAUACAGGAUGUAACAACGACUGGAUUCUGGGCGUGGCCUGUAUGUCUGUCACCAGGAAUGCGGAGGUCCAGGCCCGGCCCGAGAACGGGUUUUGGACCAUGUGUCUGCGAGACAGGGAGUACAGAGCGAUGACCUCACCCCCAACAGCUGUGACAGUCACAGAGAAACUCAAGAGGGUCAGAGUGCAGCUGGACUGGGACAAGGGUCAAGUUUCUUUCUUUAACCCUGCUGAUGACAAUACACCCCUUUACUCUUUCUCACACACGUUCACAGAGAAAGUGUUUCCGUAUUUCUAUACGCAAAGCAAACACCCUCUGAGAAUCCUACCUGAGAGGAUGUGUGUUACAGUGCAACAGAGUGGGACAGGACAUCCCUGUACAGUAUAUUCAUUUCUGUCAACCCACAAAUAG